UCCCCCCGUGGCGGCAUUCUCCCUCCCCAAUGUGGGCUCCCCAGGCGGCCUCGCUCCUCCUUUGUAAUCCGCACAGGGAAUCAUGGCGACCCGCCGGACAGCUCCACCUGACCAGGACGGCGAGAGGGAGCAGCCGCCGCCCGCCAGCCCUGGCUGUGAGGUAUCCAAAAACAAAGAUGGACGAGAACAGAGUGAGAUGGUAUCGCCGGCGGAGGAGGAAGGCUUUUCGUGGCCUGGUCCGAAGUCUGUAGCCUUAAGAAGAACUUCUGAGGGGUUUGGUUUUACUCUACGGCAUUUUAUUGUUUAUCCCCCUGAAUCCGCUGUUCACACCUCCUUAAAGGAUGAUAAUAAUGGAAACAGAGGAGGUAGGCAGCGAAACCGUCUGGAGCCAAUGGAUACCAUAUUUGUUAAACAAGUUAAAGAAGGAGGUCCCGCACAUGGAGCCGGGCUCUGUACAGGGGACAGAAUCAUUAAGGUGAAUGGUGAAAGUGUGAUCGGGAAAACCUACUCUCAAGUAAUUGCUCUAAUCCAGAACAGUGGUUCCACGUUAGAACUCAGUGUGAUGCCAAAAGAUGAAGACAUCCUCCAAUUGCUGCAGUUUCCAAAAGAUGUCACGGCUCUGGCAUAUUCACAAGAUGCUUACCUGAAAGGAAAUGAGUCCUAUAGCGGCAAUGCACAAAAUAUUCCUGAACCUCCGCCCAUAUGUUAUCCCAGAAUAAAAUCUACAUCUUCAGCUAUGGCUGAACCUGUGGAAGUUCCACCUCCAGGCACAUCACUGGCCAAACAACAAUCUGUACGGCCAGCACGAACAUCAACACCACAAGAGAGAAGCUACAGAGUGGAAAUACAAGUGCCUCCUUCGCCAACAGAUAUUGUGAAAUCAAAUACAGCUGUGUGUGUGUGCAACGAAGAUGUAAGAACUGUUAUUGUGCCUUCUGAGAAGGUUGUAGAUCUUUCAUCAAAUAGAACUAAUCGUGGUGGCCCUUUGCACAGGACAGAAGAGGUAAGGUAUGAUUUGGCAGAUCCAUCUGCAUUCAUAGCAAAAUCAAGGACCACAUCACCACCUUCCACCACUCCAAUUUUAAUGCCUAUAGUUCCAGUUGCUCGACAAAUGGAUAGUGGACUUAUGAGCAAACCUCCAAACUAUGGUGGACCUACUAAUACCAUGUUUGGUGCUAGAACUAAUGCCCCAGGAGAAGAUUCUCCAUCUCCUACAAAUCAUUAUUCUUCUCCAACUGCACACCAGCACAUAGACUGGAGAAAUUAUAAAACUUACAAAGAGUAUAUUGAUAAUAAACGUAUGCAGAUGUAUGGCUGCAGAACAAUACAAGAAAGAUUGGACAGUCUUAGAGCAGCAUCUCAAAACACCACGGACUACAAUCAGGUGUUGCCAAAUCGCACUUCUAUACAAAUCCGGAGACGUAGCACCUCUCAUGACCGGGUACCGCCAUCUGGCCAAAUGCACCAAAGGAGUGUUUCGCAGGAAAGAUUAGAAGAUACUGUGUUAAUGAAAGAAUGGCCUAGGAGUGCUUCCCAAGAUACUUUAACCACUCCAGCUGUUGUCUCUCGGAACCAUAGAUCGGAGUCAUGGGAUUAUCUUACGAGAAAAGGGGAGAAAUUAGACCACUUCAGCCCAGAUAUUCAUGAGACUAAUGGAGAAAGAAAGCACAAUUAUAAAUGGUCUGGCUUUACGGAACAAGAUGACAGACGGGGUAUUUAUGAGCGGUCUAGGCAGCAUUCAUUUCACAUGUCCCUUCGAUCACCCAACUUUUCCAUGGCACCUGCUGCAUAUACUUCAGAUGGUAGAAGAGGAGGCACCAGAGUUCUAAGCUCUGCACAUCCACUACAAAAGGUUCCUUCUGAUGUGAACAACGUUCAGCCCACACGGAACUCAUGUCGAACUGCACAUCCUAGACAAAAUCUAUCUUCUGAUAGAUCAAACUUUGCAAUCUCUAGAACGAACUCUAUAAACAGUCCUACUCCCUAUGCACCUAAACCAUUUUCUCUCAAUGUAAGCUUAGAAGAUGGUAUUCUCAAAGACCAAAAAGCGGUGAACCAUAUAGGUAAAAGUACUCCAUUAAACCUUCAGAAGAAAACCUCUACAGAAUCCUCUACGGUAUUGCAAGGGGACUCUGGCAUCAAAUCCCCUGUUGCCUCUACACCGCCAGUUCCCACUAAACCUGUAAGCCAGGUUACAAAUAGCACAGCUACCUCUAAUAACGUGGACGUUCAAAUGUCUCCAAGCCCAGAAGAAAAUGCCCAUGACUCGGGUUCAGAAUUAAAUUCUGUAGAGUCUGUGGUUUUGAGAGAAAAGCCUCCAUCUGGUCGACAGACACCGCAACCAAUAAGACAGCAAUCCUAUAUUUUUGCAGUAAAUCAGCAGGAAGCUGGAUCUGAUGCUGCUUGCUGGUUACCUAAUGAUAAGCGUCGAGAAGUUAAUAUAAAAAGAAUUGAGCAGAAGAAAGCAUGUGGCUCAACUUCACCUGGAGACUCCUUGGCAUCCAUUCCUUUCAUAGACGAGCAGACUAGCCCCAGUAUCGACCAUGAAAUUGCGAACAUUCCUGCUUCUGCUGUAAUUUCUAUAUCCGUGCAGCCUCUGCCCACCAUUACAACUGUCCCUCCUAGCCCUACAUCCCCGGGCCCACAAUUGCGCCGUCAUCUCUCCCACGAUCAUGAGUCAAUCAGGCCCAGUGUUCUGGAGGUUCACUCUAGCUCAAAAAGUGAGAGGUCCAAGUCUUGCGAUGAGGGGCUCGAUGACUAUAAGGAUGAGACAAAAUCAGCUCUGAAACUCGUUGCUAACCUAAAAGGAAUCAAGGCUCCUGAAAGUGUACAGUCAUCCGAAGACUCUGUAUCUAGAAAAGAUUCAUCCUCUGAUGUCUUCAGUGAUUCCAACAAGGAAGGCUAUUUAUAUUUUCGGCAACUGGUCACAGAUAAGGGAAAGAGGGUUGGAGGAAGCAGUCGGCCGUGGAAACAGAUGUAUGUCAUCUUACGGAGUUCAUCACUAUUUUUGCACAAAGAUAAAAAAGACCAAACCGGGCAUUCUUCGUCUCAGUCUGAAGAAGAGCAGCCGAUAAGCAUUAAUGGCUGUCUAAUUGAUAUAUCAUACAGUGAAACAAAGAGGAAGAAUGUAUUUCGGCUCACUACUUUAGACUGCGAAUACCUCUUUCAAGCAGAAGACCGAGAUGACAUGUUGGCAUGGAUUAAAGCUAUUCAAGAAAACUGCAACCUAAACGAUGAGCAAACGGGCCAAGCGAGCAGAGACCUCAUUGGCUGGAGAAUUAAAAAAGCACAGCAAGAGCACAGCACAAUGAUGAGCUCUUCUAGCAACAAAACCGAGCCUUCACCCAAGACUCCACGCCCUAUGUUAAGCAUCAGACAGACCUUCCUGGGAACAAAAACUGAAUCGAGGACACAGAGCCCCCACUCUCCAAAGCAGGAAUCUGAAAGAAAACUACUCAACAAAGAUGAUACCAGCCCACCCAAAGACAAAAACACAUGGAGGAAAGGCAUAAGCAUUGUGAGGAAGACCUUUGAGAAGAAACCGACCAGUGGUGGGACAUUUGGUGUACGGCUUGAUGAUUGCCCCCCAGCUCACACUAACAAGUAUGUUCCCUUAAUAGUUGAUGUAUGCUGCAAGUUAGUUGAAGAAAGAGGUCUUGAGUACACAGGAAUAUAUAGAGUUCCCGGAAACAAUGCAGCAAUAUCUAACAUGCAGGAGGAACUCAACAAAGGAUUCACAGACAUUGAUGUACAAGAUGACAAAUGGCGGGACUUGAAUGUAAUAAGCAGUUUACUAAAAUCCUUCUUCCGGAAACUCCCAGAACCUCUUUUUACAAAUGAUAAAUAUAAUGAUUUCAUUGAAGCAAACAGAACGGAGAACCCCACUGAAAGACUUAAAAUUCUCAAACGAUUGAUCAUAGAUUUACCGGAUCAUCAUUAUGAAACGCUAAAAUUCUUAUCUGCCCAUCUGAAGACCGUAGCUGAGAAUUCAGAAAAGAACAAGAUGGAGCCACGCAACUUGGCAAUAGUUUUUGGUCCAACGCUUGUUCGAACAUCUGAAGACAACAUGACUCACAUGGUCACACACAUGCCAGACCAGUACAAAAUAGUGGAAACCCUAAUUCAAUAUUAUGACUGGUUUUUCUGUGACGAAGGUGAAGAUGAUCCAAUUACCACUGUACAGGAGGAAAACACAGUAGAGUCUCAGCCAGUGCCAAACAUAGAUCAUUUACUCCCCAACAUUGGAAGGACCGGCGUAUCCCCCGGAGACGUAUCAGAUUCCGCUACUAGUGACUCGGCAAAAUCUAAGGGGUCUUGGGGAUCUGGAAAAGAUCAGUAUAGCAGGGAGCUGUUAGUGUCCUCCAUCUUUGCUGCAGCUAGUCGCAAACGAAAGAAGCAGAAAGGCAAAACACAUCCCAGCAGUUCCGAAGAUGAACUGGAUAAUGUAUUUUACAAAAAUGAUCAAUCUCCUGUGGAGUUUCCGAAAACGGACAAUGGUGACAUUGAGAAACAUGGCACUGUGCUUAGAAAACUCAAAGGAUUAACAUUGAAAGUGACUGAUGUGGACUCAAAUUCUAGCAAGGAAGAUCAGCUGAGAAAAGAGAGUACAGCGUCUGACGAACCCACUCCCUGCUCAAUAAACUUACCAAAAUCCCCAUCCUUGGGUCAUAGACUGACUGUUCCAUCUGAUGACAAACGGUUCCCUUCCCAACCAACAUUCCAUGUAGAAGAGAGUAUGUCUGACUCCGGGACUAUGCUUAGCACUUCAUCUCAAGCUUCUGGGCACAGGUCAAAACCCAAAGUAGUAAUUAGCCCUGAACUGAAAGGCAGCGAUUUCUUAACAGCAGACGUGAGUUCUAUAACUUCGGAUUACUCUACAACGUCAUCCACAAUGUACAUGGCGGGAGUGGACCCAAAUCUUCUCAGCCCAGAGGUUCAGUCUGUGGCAGAAAGCAAAGGUGAUGAUGCCGAUGAUGAAAGAAGUGAAUUAAUCAGUGAAGGCCGACCGGUGGAAACAGACAGUGAAAGCGAUUUCCCACUCUUUGCUUCAAGUACUGCAUUUGACAGGCAAUGCCAUGUUAAAGUAGACGAGGUGUCAAAGGGCAGUCGGAGGAACUCAGAAGGAAGUGCCAGCUGGACUGAAGGAAGUUCGACUCCAAGAAUGGAUAGUCGGCGGUUCAGUUCACAUAAACUUAUUGAAUGUGACACUUUAUCAAGAAAAAAGUCUGUGCGACAAAAGACAGAUAGUGAAUGUUCAGCAGAAGGAAAGACUAAUGAAAUAACGGAAUUAUCAAUUGUGGUUGAUGAGACCGUUAAAGGAAGACCUUCUGGCAACAUAGACUUAAAAGGCAAAAUUGAACCUGAAAAACAGGAACUUGCCUGGAGACUGAAGAUUACUGAGAGGUUGAAACUGCGCCUCAAAGCUUCUGCGGAUGAUAUGUUUGGAAUAGGAAGUCAAAAAGCACAUACUGAAAAUCGUAAAAAGAAAAAUGUUAGACGAAGGCACACACUAGGUGGACAGAGAGACUUUGCGCAAAUAAGCAUCUUAAAUGCCUGGCAAAUCCACGAACCAGGUAAAUCAAAAGAACCUGAACUAUCAGCCGUAGAUCGGUUGAAGCCAAAGUGCCCAUCUCAGGAUCUCUCCAUCUCAGAAUGGCUUGCACGGGAACGUUUACGCACUAGUACGUCGGAACUCAACAUGGGAGAGCCUGAAGAAAAGGCUAUUGAGAACACUAGCAUAGUGGAGUCUGCCUCUUCAAUUCCACCAUCAUCCUCAUCACAAGCAAACCUGGCAGGCCCUAGUGGAGCCACAGAAAAAACAUGCCAAUUAGUGUCUAACUCAUCAACUGAUCAAUUAAAUGGUGAAAGCUACCAAAAUAAGAACAAAAGCAACUUUAGCCCUGCUGUUGAUGCUCAUCCUCAUAAACUUUCUGGUACUCAAGUGGUCCGAUCUCGAUUCUACCAGUACCUUUAAAAACACUAUCAACACAUUUUAAUACUUUAGUUUAAUUUCCAGUGUAUAUUGUUCUGUGCCUAAUUUUUUUUUUUUUUUGCAGCCUAAAUAUAGGCUGAAUUCACUCAUAGGCUCUGUGGAAAGUUUUUGCAGAGCUUUGCAACAGCCAAGAGAACAGAAUUCAUUUUAGAUGGAAGUACUGAAAAGAAACACAAAAAAACAAAACUACAAAUCUAAACAAAUGAAUUGCUUACACAUUGUGCAUACUUAUAGUUUUGUAAACUGGCAAAAGCCAGGUCAUUAGCUGACAUUGCUUCAUAAACAGAUGCCCUUUUUAAUUUCAGUCACUAAGAAAAAGUGCCUCGUCAUGAAUUCAUCCAGAGUUUUUGCUAGGGUGCCAUAUUGUUCCAUACAAUUAGAGAAAUGUACUGUGCACAAAUCAGUAGCAUAUUUUAUCAGUGACCAGUUUUCAUUAAAUUUUACAGAUUUUAAACAGGUGGAUUCAGAGCUUCCAUUCGUUACGCAUUCCAGUCGAAUCUCCAAGUUUUGUAUACAAACUUUUAAUACAGUUUUUGAGUUUUAUGUGACUUGAAUUUUUAAUCUUUCUGUAAGAUACAGUAAGUAACUUAAAUGUACAUAUUACAUGUGUAUCUUUUAUUCAGAUACCAGAUUUGAUAUAAAUGUUGUAAGAUAGGCAUGUAGAUAGUGAGUCUUGAAUGGAGCUGGUUGCUUUUAUUGGAAAAAAAGAGUAUAAUUGUGCAUGGAUCCCUAAGAUAUAAACGUGUAUCUAGCCUGUGUGCAUACCCAUUUAAAACACUGGAAAUAAAAUUGUUUUGGUGAUUU